UCUGGCCAGGAUAAGCUGAACAAUUUGCAACACAUGCUUGACCCGGAGAGCCAGGAUCUGCCUGUUAGUCGGGCCAUUUUUCACGCCACCAUGAGAGAGUGGAUAGCCCAAUGUUGCCAAGAUGGAGUUCCUGAAGAUAAACCCCAGGCACCAGGAACAGUCCAAAGAAAAUUAUCUUUAUCUGGGACAGAGUAUCCUACUUUUUUGAAUGAGCUCACAUUCACAGAUGGAGCUGAAUGUCAUUGUGAGUCUGGAGAUCUGUUCGAUUUAAUAGCCGAAAUGAAACACACCCAGCAGAGGUUAAGUGGGCAGAACAACAGCUUGAUGAGGACCGUUUCUCAAUGUGAGGAUACCAUCCUACAACUCAACCUGGAGGUGUCAGAGUUACACACCAAACUGGCCAGUGCCCAGCUGUUUGCCAUAAGAUCCCGGUCUCUUUCUGAAGAACUAGAUGAAACCAGAUGUGCACUGAGGAAGAGCCAGGAGAGGGCCACACUAGCACAAGCAAAAAACUGCGCAUUGAUAAAGGCAAAUGAAAGACUGAAAGCCCUGAUCAAAAUAACUGAAGACAAGAAUGAAAAAUUAACAGUGGACAGGAAGGUCACAGAGGAGCGCAUAAACAAACUAAAGAGAGAAAUCUUUGAUUUAAGGGUGAGAGAAAAGAUGACUCAAGUGUGCUGUUUAGAUAGACCAGUCAAAUAUUAA